GAUGCCUCCGAAGAAACAAGAUAUUUUUGCAGGAAAAUCAGAGUUCCCUCAAUUAGGUGUUUGUCUAUUUUGUGGUUGUGAUGUUGAUGAUGCGACGAAGUAUGGUAAAUUACAUUAUCAUGAGGAAACUCGGAUUACUGUUCACUAUUAUUGUCUGUUAUUUGCGAGUGGUUUAAGUCAAGGUGGUGAUGACAACGAUGGCAUUCAAGGCUUCCUCAUACCAGACAUACUUAAAGAGACGAGGAGGGGAUUGCGACUCAAAUGUAGUCAUUGUCCACAUAGGGGUGCUACUAUCGGCUGUGUGGUGCCCAAAUGUAAAAUUAAAUUUCAUUACAUGUGUGGAGUAGCAAACCAGGCAUUGUCUCAGUUCUUUGGUCAAUUCAAUUCAUAUUGUAAAGAGCAUAGGCCUCAACAAGUGGUGACAACUGUAUCCAAGAAAAAAUGUGUGUGUCCAAUAUGUAUGUGUAAAGUGAGUUGUAUACCAGCAAAUGAUGUACUGAAAACUCCUUGUUGUAAAAACACAUGGAUACACAGAGAAUGUGUGCAGAGGCAAGCUUUAAAUGCUGGUUACUUUUUUCGAUGUGCUACUUGUAAUAACAAAGAUGAUUUUCAGCAUGAAAUGAUACAGUUUGGUAUUUAUGUUCCAGAACAAGAUGCAUCAUGGGAGCUGGAAGACAAUGCAUUUCAAGAUUUACUAGAGAGACAUAAUAAUUGUGAUGUUACUGAGUGUUUAUGUCCACAAGGUAGAGAUUAUAGCAAGAUAAGAAGUAAGUGGGAAAUAAUCCUGUGUCACAUGUGUGGGUCUGCGGGUACACAUAUUGAAUGUUCUGGGUUUAAAACUGCUAUGGUUGAAUGGGUGUGUUUGGAGUGCACAUCAACCAUUUUUAAACCAGAUAAAGCUAAAAGUACAGUUAAGAAGAAAACUGAUGUCGUUUUAAAUUCAUUCCGAAUCUGUAUGCCUCCAUCUCCAUCCCGGGUCACUGCAUCGUUAUCACCGCCAACACCGAGUAGUAGACGGCAUGAACAUACUGGUAUUUUACAGUUACCACAAGUGUCUGACUCUCCUUGUUUGGUACGAGAUAAUUCAUUAGAGGUAGAAAAACAGUCUAAGUUUAAUGUUUUUCCUGUCAGACUGUCCAUGUCAGCCGAACAAAGACAGAGAACAAAUGACACAUCUUUUGAUGAAUGUGAUAGUAGUCAGCUUGAUGGAAGCAGUGGUUCUACUUGUACCUCACCUUGUACAGAUGCAGACAGUGAGAAAAACAAUUCAGAGAACGAUGUCAGUCUCAGGAAAUCUCGACCAAUCAGAAGUCUUCGCAAACUUUAUUUUGGGGAAUCGGAAGGCUCAGUUACACCUAAAACUGAUGACGUUUUUGAUUUAUUCAAAAAAAAACCAGCAGUAUCAUCCAAUAAUCCAAUAUUAACCCCUGAUCUAGAUUCAGCACUAAGAACAAAUUUUACUAUGAAUCAGUUUGAUUCCCAUGUAUUCCAUCCACCAAAGCCAGAUGUUAUCUGUUUGUCUAAUGACGAUGACGCAGGUCAGUCAACUUCCUCGGAGAACUCUUUUGCAAAUAGCAUAUUGCCUAAAAAAUUUGUGAGGAGCACGACCAGAAUGAGCAUGAAAACCAGACCAGAUCUACAGCGACGACUGCAGAAAACACAGUGUAAGGUGCAUGGUAUGCGAGCAUUUCCUCUCUUUUCAACUAAAAUAAAUAGUAAACCAGUAGAGAAAGAGAAAUCAGUUAUCGUAAUUGAUUCAGAUGAUAGUGAUAGUCAAGCCCCAGAUGUGGUUUACUACGGUUCUAAAGUUUCAAGCAAGAAGAGAGCCAGAAAAUCUGUUAAGAGUCCAUUUCAUAAGAAAGUUCGACUUGAUAAGGAUAGUGAGAGUGAUGACUCGGAUAUCAUCUUUGUGUCUUAG